GAGGGCGGGCGGUGCUUUCCUGUGAGCCGCAGAGCCAGUGCUACAGUGCAGUCUCCGCGACCUGCCUCUGUUAGCACGGACAGCACGGCCUUCACGACUGCCGAAAGAGGAAUAGCUACAACAACACCAACUUACAGCUAUGGCGGCCGAGGCCGACAAAGUAGAGCCGGCGGACAGCGAGCAAGACGAAGAGGAAGAUGUUUACGAAGUGGAGAGAAUCAUUGACAUGCGGGUGGAAGAGGGUGAGGUGCUCUACAGAGUCCGUUGGAAGAAUUACUGCUCUGAUGAUGACACUUGGGAGCCAGAGGCACAUUUGGAGGACUGUCGGGAGGUCCUCUUAGCUUUUAAGAAGUCCAUGGCUGAUGCUAAGGCCAAGAAAGAAGCAGAAGCCAAGAAGAGUGUGAAGCUGCUGCCUACGAAGAGUGAUAUAUUUGAUGCCGACUCCGAGAGUGACAGCGACAAAGACCGUCCAGCUGAGGCACCCAUGAAGAAAAAGAAAAAGAAAAAGAUUCGGGAAGAAGAAGAGGAAUCACCGUCGAAGGAAAAAAAGAAGAAGAAGAAAGAGAAGCGGAAGGAGGAUUUCAGGCCUCUACCGGCACCAGAGACUGAUGAAGAAGAGGAGAGACCCCAGACUCCAACCUCUCCUCCCAAAGAGAAAAAGACUGAAACAAAAAAGCGUCUGGUUGACUCUGAAGAGGAGGACGACGAGCCCAUUCCCUCCAAAAAACACAAGAAGGAAAAGGGAAAAGAUGGAGGAAAGCACAGGAGAGAAAAGUUAGAGGAAGGGAGGAAAAAGAAAGGGAAGAAGGAACGCAAGAUCGAAACAUCUGAAGAUGAGGCAGCUGCCCCGCUGGAGGACGACCUGAGCGACAGCCCGUCAAAAUCCCAAAUAGACGAUACUGAAAAUCAGUCAGCAGAGACAAUAACAAAGUCAGCUGAAAAGGCACGUUCAGAGGACAAGUCCAAACAAAAGAAGGGGAAAUGGGAAGUAAAGCUGCAGGGCAUUAAGGACCUCAUCCAGGACAAAAAGGGCAAAAGGCCAGACGACACGCAGAGAGACAGCAGCCUCCAAAAACUAAAGAGCCUCACCUCGAAAAGCAAGGAGGAGGCUGCCCCCCUCUCCUCAGACUCCAGCGACAGCUCCAUCCUACACAAGAAAGCUAAGAGCAAAGGGCAGGAGAGCACCUCAGCACCACCCAAAGUCCCAUCUUCCUCCACAUCGUCCUCCUCAUCCUCCGUCACAGUCGCCAGUAGCACCAAGAGUAAAGAGGAUGAGCUGGUUAAAGAGGAGGUACUGGGACAGAAGGAUGCCACAGGCUCCACUAACCUAUUCGAGAAGUUCCUUUUGAAUUGCGAGGCCAAGGACCGUGCCCCUCGCAGGCAGCCGUCACAUCAGCCCGCCGCAGAGAAGACCACCGCCAAACCCCCGAAGCUAAUAGGAAAGAUUGAGAAGAUCCCCAAGUCAACCAAAGAGUCUCCCGCUCAGAAACCAGACUUUGAGAAGACGAAGCAAUCAGAUGUCCCUAGACCUGGCCAGAGUUAUGGCUUCAGUCUGGACAGUGAUGAGAGGGAAGGAGAGGAAUCUACGGCAAAGCCGAAGCCUGGAGAGGAUUCCCGGGAGCGAAGGGAGAAGACGGAGGAUGCACAGCGGCCUGGCUGGGAGAGGAGAACCCCAACAGAUGACAGGAAGAAGAGGAGAGAGGACAGUGAGCCUAGACUCUUCAUAGCCUGUGAUGACAAUCAGGACACCCAGGACCCACUAGAAGGCACAGACAAAUCUGACAAGGGUCAAGCCACUUUGAGUCUAGGAAUGGACCUCAAUCUGGACUGGAUGACUCUGGACGACUUUCAGAAACAUCUGAACGGAGAGGAUGAGAUCCUGUCAGGUCCACCGUUAUCACCCAGUGAGUUGCGGGAUGCUGUGAAAAGUGGAGAUUACAUGGCUGUAAAAUUGGCACUUAACUCCAAAGAGGACUACAAUCUGGACCAAGAGGCGUGUACUAUUGGUGAGAAGAGGUCAUUUGAAGGAGAGACGAGCUUGAUUGAAGAGAGAAGUUCGAGUGAUGCUCUUAGGUUGACUUCUAACCUUGACAGUGCAAGAAAUGAAGAGGGUAAUCCAAGAGUAGAGGAGAAUAUUCCACAAGAUUUGGAUGGGCCAAAAGAUGGCGAGAAAAUGCCAAGGGGCCCUGCCAGUACAAACACUGAGCAAUUGACAGUGAGGGAACAUGAAAAUAUCCAGAAAGGUGUGAAGGACAUAAAUGAAUCCCAAAAUGCUGCUUGUGAUUCAGCUACCAUGCAGGGAAGUCAAGGAAAGGAAGACCAGAAGCAAGCAGAGGAAGACAAGAUGUCAGAUGACACAAAAGUUGGUUUAUCAAGUAAAAUGAGUUUUAACUUUGAUAAUUCAAAUCCAACCAGCGCUGCAGAAGGGAUGCUGACAAGGGACUACAAAAUAACAGAACAAAAUGGUGAAAUUAACAAACAAAGUUCCCCUGAGCAAGCAAAUGACUCAAGCGACGAGGCAGAGGAUGUGGUGACAGGUCACUCAGGUGAUACAGAUCAAAUUAUGUGUGAGUUGAGCUCAAAGGAAAUUGCUAAAACGCAAUCACACCACCGUAGGAAAACUCUAGAGAGGAAACAGCCAACACGAUCGAGUUUAAGGACCUGUAAGAAAGUGCUUGAAACAACACCUGUCAAAGCAGUUAAUGAAAAAAAGGAGUCAUGCAAAAAGCACUUCUGUUUAUAUUGCAAAAUGGCGUUUACCCAACUUGCAAAGCAUUUGGAAAGGAAGCAUGCAGAGGAAACGGAUGUUGCCCACGCAAUACACUUUCCCAAAGGUUCCAAAGUCAGACAGACUUUGCUUGACCAAAUUCGCAAUAAAGGAGAUUAUGAACAUAAUUGCAAAGUUCUCAAAAGUGGAGAAGGGGAAAUUGUGACCAAGAAACAAGUGAAAAAUCCUAGCAUAUCUGUUCGUGACUUCCUGCCUUGCCAGCACUGCUUUGCUUUUUAUCGCAAAACUGACUUGUGGAGACAUGAGCGGUCAUGUAAGGCCAGAAAGGGAGAUCAAAAGCUCACCGAAAGGACAAAAAGAGGCAGGAUCCACAGUGCUGCUUCCCGGCUGCUUCCAAUGUCAGAGUUCUUAACUGGAGGCUGCAAGGAAAUCAUCCACAUCAUGCAUCAAGAUGAUAUUUCAAGGCACAUCAGAAAUGACCCACUUAUUUGCAAAUAUGGCAAUGCACUGUCUGCUAAGUAUGAUCAUGACAAGUCUCAGUUUGCUUAUAUUGCCCAAAAGAUGAGGGAACUGGGUAGAUUUGUGCUUGCUGUAAAUGAGCUUGACAAUAGUGUGCAAUAUUUGCAUGAAAUAUGUCUACCAUCCAGAUUUGAAUUAGCCGUUGAAGGGGCCAAAAGAGCUAGUGGUUUUGAUCCCAGUUCCAGUAAGUUUAAAACAGUUUCCCUUGUCUCAAAGAUAGGGUACUCUUUGAAACGAGCUGCAGAAAUAGCUUUCGGAGAAAGUCGCAUGACAGAGGACAGUGAAACUGAAAGUGAAGUGAAAAAGUUCAUACAGCUUCUUGAUACAAAAUGGAGCGAGUGUUUUUCUCGCAAAGCUCUUGCACUAUCUCUAAAGCAAGAGGUCAAGAAAGUGGAAGUAGACAAGUCAACUGUGACAGAAGAUUUGAUAAAACUCCACAGAUUUAUCACAGUGGAAGAAGAUGAAGCAAGAAAGGAACUAAAAGAAAGUCCUAGCUUAUCAACAUGGAAAAAGCUCAGCGAAGCUACUCUAGCAGAUGUGUGCCUCUUCAAUAGGGGAAGGGUAGGAAAUAUUGGUAGAAUGCUCUUGCAAACUUACACUAGCAUAAAGAGCAGGGGAAAUUUUGUGGCCUCUGCGGAUCAAAUAAGGAAAAGCACCAAAUUGGAGCUGGACCUCAGUGACAGUUUUACUAGGUUAGAACUAGAAGGUCAGUAUGGAAGGAACAUGCUGGUUCUGCUAACUGAAAGGAUGGUUUUGUCAAUUGACUUACUCAUUGAAAACCGAGAGGAAGCAGGUGUGUCAAAAACCAACCCAUACCUGUUUGCACGGACUGAAGGCCCAUCCUUCAUCAGAGGAUUGGAUUGUUUCCGAAGGGCUGCAAUGGAAUGUGGAGUUAAAAACCCAGAAGCACUUCUGUCCUCAUCGUUAAGAGAGCAAAUUGCCAGCUGCUGGCAGCUAAUGAGCCUCAGUGAACGUGAAUGGGAUCAAGUGGCCAAGCUAGUGGAAAGGAGCAGCCAGGAGUGUUACAGACUCUCCAAGAAUGCAUCACAGCUGGAGGAAGUGAGCAAACAACUUCUCAAAAUGGAUCGAACACUACCAUCAAGUUCACCUGGCACUGCAAGAGAUGGAACUGCACAGAAGACCGCUUUAAAGAGAAGACCUUGGAGUGAGAAGGAGCAGGCUGCAGUGAAGCGUUUCUUGAGUGAAUUUAUAACAAGGAUGAAAGUCCCGGGUAAAAAGGAGUGCAAUGCUUGCAUUGCUGCCGAACCAGAUCUUGGUGGAAGAUCUUGGACAGAUGUCAAAAAUUAUGUACACAACACACUACAGACAAUACGGAGGCGAAAUAACCAGCAGAAUUCUGAAGGGAAUGUAAAUGUUUUGAAUCCAAAGAGUCCAAAAGCUGAAGUCCAAACUGUAGAGAAAGAUUUGCAAGAUGCAAAUGUUGUCUGUAGUAUGACAACAGUGCAUCCAGAUCACCUGAGAGACAGUUCGGAUUGUUGUAUGUCAAUGGCAACACUCUCCCAAGCAGCACCAUUCUCCCAAGAGAUGACUUCAGUUUAUGCAUCCUUGUGUUCCACCAGUACAAAUAUGAUCCAUUCAAGUCAGCCAUUGAUUUCUACUUUCACGCCAUUGAAUGCUACUGAUACACAAGUGGUUCCCACAUUUACUCCACACAACACCACAAAUUCACUAAUGUCCCCUGUAUACACAUCAGAGAACAACAGAAUUCUGCCAAUGACUCCGUCAUAUACACAGAAUACCACAAGUAUUCCACCCCCCUCUGUGUAUAUGCCACAGGACCCUGCAAAUUCACCAAUGAUUCCUACUUUUAGCCAACUCAAUGCUCCAAGUACCUCAAUGGUUCCUACAUUCACGCCAUUGAAUCCUCCAAGUACACCAAUGGGCCCUGCAUUCUCACCACUAAAUGACAGAAGUAGGCCUAUCAUUUCUUCAUUCACACCUCUGAACCAUUCAGGUACACCAGGUUACCCCACAAGCCCACCUAGGGCCUCCACAACUGCACAGGUUGUCCCAACAAUACUUGGACCCGGUGUUCCUGACAGAGCACCAGUGUUACAGGAAAGUACAUCCAUGUCCGCCACAGGAAAACAAGUCACCUCAGCUGUGAAGCCUCAGAAGAGAAACAAAAGGUUGUGGAGUGAGGAGGAACAGGCAGCCGUCAGGCGUCAGCUUGGAGACUUCUGUAAACUGGUUAAAAUACCAGGCAAAAAGGAUUGCGAUGCAUGUUUAGCCGCUGAACCUGCCUUAAGCAGCAGAACAUGGAGGGAAGUUAAAUAUUUUGUACAUAACUCAAUUCAGUCAAUGAAAAGAAGAGGUUAUGCAGUCGCCUCCAAACAAAUUGGAGGACAGGAACUAGAAACUCAUAAUUCUCAUAAUUCAAACACAGAGUGGGAUGGUCCUGUUUAUCUGUCCCUGUGAAUAUUCUUAAUGGACAAGUUGGAAAACAAUAAGUGAUCUGCAAUAUUUUAGAAGUGUGUGGGGGCUGUGGCUUUAACCUCAAAUUAUAUGAGGUUUAAAAAUUCAGCAGAUGUGACAAUGUUGUAAAAUGUACUGUCAGUAAAUCUUGGUCUCAGUAGCCAUACUGAUCUUGACAACGUUUACAGACUGCCCUGCCAUUGUUUUAGUCACAUGUUUUAAAAAGAUCCUGAAGUAUUCAGAACCAAGUCCACCGGACCAAGCUGUUGGUGUACUAUUGCAUGAGUAUACAGUAAAUGGGUGAAACUAAGAACAUUUGUACUGUAGCCUUGGCUCAGAAAAAGCAGAUAUUAAUGUUUAAUAUGGUUAGUUUGCAUAUACAGUACCAAUGUAACAUGUCAAAUAUGUAACACUGUCAAUUUGUUAAAUCAUCUAGAAAGUGUUCUGAUUUUAGAUGUGUGAUCAGUAUCAUACAUGAUCAGUGUAGUAACCGUGAACCUCAUUUGCUAGGAUUUGCAACCUGCCACCAGUCAUUGGCUGUGGCAAGCAGCUACUGUGGCACCCAAACAUGCUUUCACAAUUUCAAACACAAUAUUUGUAAAAGGUGGUGUAAGCAAUGGCUUAAUUGGUUGGGAACCCCCAGCUACCAUGACCAGGGCAUCUCCCAACCUGCACUGAGCAAAGGUAGCCUCAGUGACUGUACAUUUCCAGAGGGAUUUCUACUCUUCUUUACUUCAAAACUUACAUAGACGUCUAUCUUUAUGCCUGUACUGUUUUGAGUAGCAUUUUUAUGAAUUUUGAUGAUCAAAAAAGAAAGAGUACUUACCAGCAAAUAUUUGCAGCCACUCCUUCCAGUAUGAUAGAUGUGUGUUGACUUCCUUUGCAUAAUUCCCAAAUGCCUGGCCCAAGUGUACUGUAUUCCUGCUUUAGCCAGUAGCCCAUAUUGUAGAUGGCCCCUGAUAGCCUGCAGCAGUAAAACAUACCUUCCUUGCUGAUGUUAGAGAAUUAGGAGCUCUAUGUUUAUACCUCUCACUUAAAUAUUGAAAAAUUAUGUUGAUAAAUGUCCAUUAUCUUCAUUUAUGUUUUUUUUUCAUGUGUAUUAACAAUCUGCCGAAAGGUUUGGUUGUCUUUUUGUAUCACUAUACAGCAACUGUGUAGACCAUUUUAGUACUUAAAUUGUAUUUUGAUGUACUCUUAUUUGAGGCAAAACACACUGUAGUGCUCUCAUUUGUAUUACAUUGUUUUAAACUUAUUUUGUUGCCAAGAUCAGAUUGCCUUAUGUUGUUUAUUUGCUUUAUUCAAAUUUUUUCCUACCCUUGUUGAUUGCACGUAACACACAGCAGAGCAGAGUCGUUACUCGCUACUAACCACCUUUGCCAGUAAACCAACAGGUUAUUUUUAAGGUGAAGUGAUAUUUGACAGGGUUUGAAAGAAGAUUGAUAAUGAAAAUGGCAUCCUUUUUAUAUUUUUAAAUGUAAAGGGAUGGGCAUAAAUCUGGGAUAGCUAGACUGUUCCAGUCAUUCGACAGUGGAUGAAAAGGUUAGUUUCCUUUUCUUUGGAAACAAUGUAAACUAAAUUCAGAUUGUUUUUGUGUUGUCACCCUAAUUUGCAACUGCCGUUUAGAAAUUACAAAAACACAAUCAUUGUUUUGAUGCACUGUCAAACCAAACUCAGUGAUGCCACAGUAUGAUUGUCCACAGGAUAUGUUGUUUGUGCAUUUGACCACUGAAUCAAAAUAAUUGCAGUAUGUUUUAGGUUUUUACCCAGUACCCCUUUCAUAUACAAACCUGAGUUUGGCACAUAAUAUUGAACACGGGUUCAACUUGCAUUACCUUUAGCAGACUGCUGGUCACAGUAUUUACAACUGUAGUCGUGGAUUUGUAGACUGGAUAUGUCAAUGCUAAACAGGGUUGUCACAUUUCAGUUUCAGAAUUUGUUAAAUGUAGUGUUUAUUUUAAACUGACUGGAUAUUAACAAGGAACUGAUAAGACACAUGGUGUGUGGGCGAUCUGUUUGCUCAGGUCACUAAACUUCAUCAUCUACAUAUAGUCUACAGUUAUUUUCAUCUUUGUAAUCAAAAAUAAGCAGGAGUUAUGGUUAAGAUUUGCAGACAGCCAAACUGCUAUUUGUCACAGACAAAAGCCUUUUGUGUUGUCCUUAGUAGCUGCUAUAUUGAACCUGUGUAGAGUAACCUGCGUUCACCCUUUCGUACCAUAGCCAGUGUCAGGCAUCCGGAAACCCUGGCUGUGAACAGGGUUGCAUACCCGGGUCAUAUUACUUAUUCACACCAGUAGCAAACAUGUUUUUCCUGGGUUGUUGAAUCAGUGUGGAGUAUAUCUGUAUUGCAGUAUAUACAGUAGUUAGAGUUAUGCUCCAGAUACAGUUGUGUUUGGAAAAUAAUCUGUGAAAGGUCCACAGAUGAUGUAUGAUCGUUCAGAUACUACCAUUUCUGUUUGGUGUUCCAAAACGGAUGUGUUUUAUUCCCUGUAAAAUAGAUUGCUUUUUUCCAUUGCUAUUGUAUAAGCACACCUGUUACUCUUCAUCUUGUUGUAAUUAUGUUGCCCUCAGUUAAUGCUUUUUAUCAAGUAUUGUAAGGAACCUAUAACCUGUGCUUGUACAAUAAAAUGCUUCUUGGCUUAAAA